AUGGACUUUAUUUCAGGACUUCCUCGCACUCAAAGGAACCAUGAUGCAAUAUGGGUUAUUGUGGACAGGCUAACCAAGAGUGCUCACUUCUUAGCAAUCAGGAUGGAUUACUCACUUGAGCGUUUAGCCGAAUUGUACAUUAAUGAGAUUGUAAGACUAUAUGGGAUACGUGUAUCUAUUGUAUCUGAUCGAGACGUAACGUUUACAUCUAGAUUUUGGGGCAGCUUGCAGGAAGUUUUGGUUACCAAUCGAGUAUUGGAAUUCCUCCCUAUGAAGCCUUAUACAGGGACCCCUCUUUGUUGGAGUAAAGUUGGUGAAAGAAAUUUUGUUGGUCCUGAAAUUGUGCAACAAACAGAGGACAAGGUAAAAAUUAUCAAAGAUCGUCUAAAGAUUUCUUCGGAUAGACAAAAGUCGUACGCUGAUCUUAAAAGGCGUGACAUUGAAUAUCAAGUUGGAGAUAAAAUACUUGAAAGAGUUGGACCAGUUACAUAUAAAUUGUCUGUGCCACCUGAGUUAGACAAGAUCCACAAUGUCUUCCACGUUUCUAUGCUUAGAAGAUAUCGUGCUGAUCUAUCUCAUGUUCUUCCAGUCGAAUCUAUUGAGGUUAAUCCUGACUUGACGUUUAAUGAAGAACCUAUUCUAAUUCAAGCUCGAGAAGUAAAGCAACUUAGAAACAAGAGAAUUCCCUUAGUAAAGUUGCGACAUGAUGCACUAGGAUGGCCAGAAUUUACUGUUUGGGAGCAUAGUCGUAUUUGUACAGGCUAG